AUGGGUGUUCCUAAUUUCUAUUCAUGGCUAAUGAAAAGAUAUCCUCUAUGUCUAUAUGAACACACAAGAGCAUAAAGAGUUGAUUAUUUUUAUUUAGAUAUGAAUUAAAUCAUUUAUAAGUGUGCAACUGAUCCUACUGUGUUAUUCAAAGAUCAAUUAAGAGAAAGAGAUUUUGAUGAUGUUUGGGUUUCAAUAAUAAACUAUUUGGAUAUGAUCAUUAAUUUAGUUAAUCCUUAAUAAUUACUAUUUUUAGCAUUUGAUGGAGUUGCACCACGUGCUAAAAUGAAUUAAUAGCGUCAAAGACGGUUUCAAUCAUAAAAGAGAUAUAAGUAUUUAAGUGCUCAUCUUCAAUAAAUUGGUUUAUUUCAAAAGAAUGAAACUUAUAAAAAUAAUCAAUUCAGUCCUGGUACUGAAUUUAUGACUCAAUUGUAUUAUAUAUUCAAAUAUUAAGAAAUCAAUAGAUAAAAUUUUAUAUAGAGAGAAAAUAUUAUGAAGAUCCAAAAUUCAAAAAUCUAAAAAUCAUUUUCUCUGGAUGUGAUGUACCAGGAGAAGGUGAACAUAAACUACUUAGUUUUAUUCGUAAUCUUUAAUGCGAUCCUAAUAGUGUUCAUAUGAUUUAUGGAGCAGAUGCAGAUUUAAUUAUGUUAGGUUUACUUACUUAAUUGAAAAAUGUUCUCAUUAUUAGAGAAGAUCUUAAAUUCAAAUAAGUUGCUAGUGCUGCUGCAAAUAGAAUUGUUAAAAUUCCUGAAUUUCUAAUUAUCAAUAUUUCUAUUGUAAGAGAAUAUUUGGAUCUAGAAUUUGCAGUCUUAAAAGAUAAAAUGAAGAUUGCUUAUGACAUUAAUUGCAUAAUAGAUGAUUUUAUUUUAUUAUGUUUUUUUGUUGGCAAUGAUUUCUUACCAAGAAUUUAUUGUUUUGACAUUAGAAUUGGUACUAUAGAACCCCUUGUUGACUUAUUCAAAAAACAUUUAACUAAUGCUAAUGAUUAUAUUGUUCAUAGAGGAGAUAUCAAUUACAAAGAAUUAUUAAGUCUUCUUGAAUUAUUGUAAGGAUUUGAGAAAUUAUGUAUUAAUGAUAGACAAUAAGAGAUGCUUAAUUAUUUAAAUACUAAACAUGAGAACAAAUAAAUGAUUGCCAAAGAAAAAGAAUUGAUUGAUAAUAUUUUGAAAUAUUUUUCACUCCAAGAAUAAACAGAGGGAAGAAAAUUUUAUUAUAAAGCAAAAUGUUAAAUUACUCAAGGUGAUGAAUUAGAUCUAGAAAAACUGGGAGAUAUGUGUAUUAAUUAUAUGGAGGGAAUUUACUUUGUUUUAUAGUAUUAUUUCAAAGGAGUUCCUUCUUGGGAAUGGUAUUAUAAAUAUUAUUAUGCUCCUUUGUGUGGAGAUAUUGUUGGUGUUGUAUAAAAUAUAGUAGAAAAUUUAUAAGAUAAAGAAGAACCUAUUGUAUUAACAAAGGGUUAACCAUAUCCUCCAUUUAAAUAACUACUUAGUAUCUUAACUCCAGAGAAUGCUUUACUCUUACCUGAACAAUAUGGUAAACUUUUAACAGACAAAGAAAAUUCAAUACUCAGAACUCCUAUUGAUUAUUAUCCAGAAGAUUUUGAAACUGAUUCCUAUGGUACAAUGUAUGAACAUCAACAUAUAACAAAGAUUCCAUUUUUGGAUUGCAAAAUUGUUGAAGAGGCAUAUAAUUAAAUUCCUGAUACACAUGAUUAAAGAAAUCAAUAAGCUCAAUCAAUAUUUUAUUAAUAUGAUUCAAAUCAAUAAUAAAUCUAUGAAUCUACAUUGCCUAAACAUUUCAGUAACUUUAAAUCUUUUUGUAAGAAAUAAUUUAUAGAUAUUGAUGAUAAAGAAUAAUGUUAAAUUGCUUAUGAAUAAUAAUAAUAAUAAUAAUAAUAAUAAUAAUAAUAAUAAUAAUAAAUUAUUGAAUAAUUUGAAAAUUUUUAUUAAAUUCCUACAUUAAAAGUAGUUAAUAUUAAAUCAUCAAAAUUGAUUAAUAUACAAUAACAUGAAGAUGAUAUGAAAAAAUUUGAGAAUUAAUUCUUAUUAUUAGAAUUGUAAUCAGCUAAAUUUGAUUUUGAUUCAUUCAUUUAAGAUGUGAUCAAAAAUAAGAAUUUUGUCUAUUGUGGAUUUCCUAUAUAAUAAUAAUGUGAAUUAUUAGCUAUUCUUAGACCUGAUCAUUUAAAUUUACUAGAAGGAAUUAAACUAACAUCAAUUUCAUUGCUCAAAGAUUACAGUAAAAAGGAUCAUAGCAAAAUAUAUAAAGAAAUAAGAAAUAAAACCUUAAAUUAAUAUGAGAAAUACAUGAAAUUAGAUUGUUCAAUAUUUUUAAUAGUAAAACAAUAUAAACAUUAUAUCAGAGACAAUAAUAAUCAAUUAAGUUAUCCAUAAGAAUAAUAUAGAGAAUUAGUAUAUCCAUAUGAAUUUGUAUUUCCAGAUUAGAAAGUUAAAUUCAUUAUUCCAAAUUUUGAAGAUUUUCAAAUUGAUAGAUAAGUUGUAAUAUUUCAUGAAAAAUAAAAUGGAGCCAAUGGAAUCAUUAAAUAAAUUGAUAAAAAAUUAACUAUUCAAAUAACAGCUUAUCCAACUUUAUUAGGAUAUGAUUAUAUACACUCUGACAUUUAUUAUUCUUUAUAAAUUGUAAGUGAGAAACUUUAAUGCUCAGUUAAAACCUUAUUGAAUUUACUUGGAAGUGUUGUUGUCAAUAUGGAGGAUAAGGAAUCCAAAAUUGCUGAUCAAUUAGAUAUUGGAUUGAAUAUAAUUAAUAGAACUAAUAAUCAAUUAGUACCUGAAUUAGUAAGAUUACCUUAGGCUGAUUAAUAUGCUACUGGAUCAUCUAAAUAUCAAAAAUUUAAAGAUUUAGAAUUAUCUGAAAAAUGUGUUACAAUUCUAUGUAAAUACAGAAAUUAAUGUUCAAGAGUUUAAUAAUAUCUUAAUUAAUUGAAUGAUAGUUAAAGAAAUUGUCCAAUUAAUGCUAAGGAUUUAUUUCCUAAUUCAUCUGAUCCUAAUAUUGAUCUCCUUAAAAUUUAUAUCUGGAUUUUGUAAUUACCUGAAUCUUAAUAUUUAUUACAAGGUAGUUCAUCUAAAGUGGCUGAAAUUAAGAUUCAUAAAAAACCUAUUCAAAAUUUUAAUAUUACUAAAAAAGUAGAUCCUGGUUUUGUUAUUUAAUAAACAACUUAGACAUUUCUACCUCCUUUCUUUAUUAAACAUCCAACAAUUCAUAAAAUUGGAGAUAGAGUUGUGAAUAUAAACUAUCCCUUUGGUAUAUAUGGUACUGUUGUUGGAUUAUUGGAAUAAAAAGAAAUUAUGGUUUAAGUCUUAUGGGAUUAAAAAUAUAUUGGAUUUACUAAUCUUGGUGGAAGAUAUGAUUUAUUAACAUGUUCAACUUGCAAAUUUACAGAAAUCUUUAAUCUAUCAAAUGAAGAUUGGAGAUUGAAUCUUGCUAAAAAGGGAUGUCAUUAAGGAGAGUUUUGGGAUUUAUGGACAAAAGUAUAUAAACCUGAUUUUAAAUCUAGAGCAAUUGAAUUUAAUGAUCAAUUAAAAGAAUAAAAUCCAUUCAAAUAAUUAGUUGAAUUACCUGUUGAAAUUAGACCAAAGGUAUUAAUAAAAGAUAAAGAUAAAGAUGCUCCAUAAGGUUUAGAAUUACUUUAAAAACUUGCUUAAGAAUAACCUAAUUUAAUAACAAAUUAACCUUUAUAAGGAAUUAAAGAAGAGUAAAUUGAUUAAAAUGAAGAUGAAGCAUAAAAAGAAAUUAAAAAACUAUUUUUAAUGUAAUAAUAAAUUGAUUAGCAAUCUUAAGUAGAAUAGUAAAAACAAACAUAGAAAUAAAGUAAUGAAGAAGAUUAAAAGGUAUUGCCUUAAUAAAUAGAAGAGAAAGAGGAAAAGUAAUAUCCCUAGUAAUAAAUUAAAGUGUAAACUUAAUAAGUUAAAAAAGUAUUAACUAAAAAAAAAGAUUAAUAAUAAUUAUAGUAAUGA